CGAUAUGGUGCCCACAAUAGGUACUGUGUUUCAAGACACUAACUGGUCGGCAGUCGGACGCUGCACCUUUUUAUUCAAAGCUUUCUCGUGACCGACGGUCUCUUUUGCGCAACUUUGUGUCUGGAUGUUUCUCCGCCCCUACCACAUGCUUCCUUCUCAUGGGUCAAGGGGGCUCCUUCGCUAUCAUGCUGGCACUUGUGCCAAAUCCAAUAGGUCGGAAUAAUUUUCGUUCUUUCCAAAGGGUUGUCUCCUAACCUGGGGCUGCCAUGACUCCCGCUCUGCCGCAUGGUAUGCUUCACAUGAACUUAUCACGAGCUCAGAGCUCCCCUCCCCACCCGUCAGGAGUCACGGAUAGGUUUAAAUACAGAGACCUGGCAGGAGAUCGUACUCUCGUCCUACAGGCUAUCGUUCACCAUGAAGCUUAACAUCGUUAAUGUCAGUGUCGCUCUUGCUUCGCUUGCCGGAUCGGCCUUGGCAGGUGCAGUCUAUACUCUCAACGACAACAUCGUUGGCGAAGGCUUCUACAGCUCUUUCAAUUUCGAGGCUAUCCCCGACCCAACUGAUGGGCGUGUGACAUAUGUGAACCAGUCAACGGCGCAGAUGCUUAACUUGACUUAUUCCACGAGCAACACCUUCAUCAUGCGCGCCGAUGACACUACAGUCUUGACCCCCAGCGGGCCGGGCCGGAAUUCCGUCAGGAUUCGAUCCAACAGCCAGUACACACAGCACGUUGUUGUCUUUGAUAUGCAACAUAUGCCUGAAGGAUGUGGAACAUGGCCUGCUGUCUGGGAAACUAACGAAUCCAAUUGGCCUGCUGGUGGUGAAGUCGAUAUUGUCGAAGGCGUGAACAAUGUGGAGCCCAACCAGUCGACACUCCACACUAGCCCUAACUGCACCAUGCCAAAUUCCACUACCCAGUUAGGCACCACAGUUUCAACCAACUGUGACACUGCGGUCGAUGGAAAUUCGGGUUGUGGUGUACAGUUAACAGAAGACUACAAUAGUUUUGGUCCAGGAUUCAACAGUAUCAAUGGAGGAUGGUAUGCUAUGGAGCGCACAAAUAACUAUAUCCAGGUUUGGUUCUGGGAGAGAGACGAUGAAUCUGCUCCCUUUGAUGCUACUACCGGUGCGUCGAGCAUCGACACCAACCUCUGGGGAACUCCUGCCGCUUACUUCCCAAACACCGACUGUGACCUUGCGUCUCACUUUGAUGCCAAUAACAUCAUCAUUAAUUUGACGUUCUGUGGCGACUGGGCAGGCAACUCAGCCGUCUAUGCUGCUUCUGGAUGCCCGUCAGACUGCGUGACCUACGUCGACAAUAACCCUACCGCAUUCACAAACGCUUAUUUCCAAUUCUCAUCCAUUAACGUCUACACGUAGACUAUCGCAGGAAUGCUGUAAAAUAGUUUUUUUUUCCUUCAAGAAUCCAUCUUGUUGUACAUGUGUAACGAAAUGUGGUACAUA